CCGCUCCUCUCUGCUGUAGUUCCUGGUUCGUCCAGGUGGGGGCCUCCUGAUGGUUCUGUAUCAACAGCUCUGAGUUCUGGUUCUGCGGGACGGUCUUUAGGACCAUGUGGAGGACACCCCUCCGCCUCCUCCGCCUCCGCCUCCUCCUUCUCCUCCUCCUUCUCCUCCUCCUCCUCUUCCUCGCUGCAGAACCGUCCUCCGGUCAGACGCGCUCUUCCCGUCCUCCCAUCUCCUCUUUGGGCUCGUUGUGUCUCGGAGCUGCGGAUCUUCACAGCGGGACUCCGUGGGAUCUCUGCCCGCUCACAGCGCACUGAGGGCGGGCGGAGGACGGAGGAGGAGGCGCUGUGGAGCUGGAUGGAUAGAUGGAUGGAUAGAUGGAUGGAUGGAUGGAUGGAUGGAUGGAGGGAUGGAUGGAUGGAGGGAUGGAUGCUGUCACGUCUCACCUUGGGAGGAGGAUUCAGUCCACUAGCCCUGACCUCUGACCCCUGACCUCACGGACAGCUCUGAGGAGCAGGAGGAGGAGGAGGAGGGAUGGAGGGAGGAGGAGACGCUGAGAUCUCCUCCCCCAGAGGAGGAGAUGUCCUCAUAGCGACCCAUCCGGUCUACUCAGCUCCUCAGUACCAGGAGCACAGCAGGGGUCCUCCCCAGCUCCUCAACCCCAGCGCCUCCUCCCACCAGGAGCACAGCAGGGGUCCUCCCCAGCUCCUCAACCCCAGCGCCUCCUCCCACCAGGAGCACAGCAGGGGUCCUCCCCAGCUCCUCAACCCCAGCGCCCUGCUCCUCCCCGACCAGACUCCUCCUGACUCCCGCCUCCUCCCGUGCUCAGAGAGGGGGGAGGCCGCCGGGGGAGACGACUGCUGCGAGACCACCUUCAUCGAGGGGCUCGGUCCCGAUGCCUCCUUCUCCUCCUCCUCCUCAUGCUCCAAGGAGGUGCUGCUGUUUGCUGACGGGAAGUUUCUGGACUUUUCUGGAUCUGGAGACGACGCAAAGAUUCAGACGCUGUCGUACGACAUCGACCACGACUUCCAGGAGCUGGAGAGCGAUGACUCCAGCCAAUCAGAGAGCGAGGACGCCUUCCUGAUGACGCCCCCCCGAGACCACCUGGGCCUCAGCGCCUUCUCCAUGUUCUGCUGCUUCUGGCCGCUGGGCAUCGCUGCCUUCUACCUGUCGCACCAGACCAACAGGGCCGUCUCCAGGGGAAACCUCCAGGGGGCGGGCUCCAGCUCCAGACGCGCCCUCUUCCUGGCCGUCCUGUCAAUCACCAUUGGGACGGGCGUGUAUGUGGGCGUGGCCGUAGCGCUCAUCGCCUACCUCUCCAAGAACCACCACCGGUAGAUGUUACCCAUCAGCCCCUCUGGCACCAGGACCAGGACCAGGACCAGGACAGGGACCGGGACCGGGACCAGGACCGGGACCAGGACCAGGACCAGGACCAGGACCAGGAUAGGGACCGGGACCGGGACCAGGACCAGGACCAGGACCAGGACCGGGACCAGGACAGGGACCGGGACCAGGACCAGGACCGGGACCAGGACCAGGACCAGGACCGUUUGUAUGUUUGAAAUAAGCUCCUCUGCCAGCAGGGGGCGCUGCUGAUCAGGUCGACUUCAUCCUUUGUUUCUUCAGACUCAACAAAUAAAGACAGAUUCACUUUAGACCAUCAGUCAGAGACAGAGACUCUGUCCCUCUGAUUCAACCAGGAACUAACAUGAGGACGACUAGGGGACGUCCUGAGAGAUGUUUGUGGGACAUCCUGGACUCUUUUGUGUAAAAAUGUUCAUAUUUUGCUUUGACUCUGGUUGGAGAUGUGAGGACAGACGUGUCCCAGAGACGUCCUCUUCCUCCUCCUUCUUCUUCUUCUGUUUCAUUUCCAGUAGAUUUGAUGAACCUCUUCUUUGGUGAUUGACAGCCUGAACAACUGUAAAGGGACAGUCUGUCCUCCGUUAGCCUAGUUUAGCACGGAGGACAGACAAACAAACACUUCCUGGAGACAAGAGCUGCUCUCUGAUUGGCCAGUUCCUUUUUUAAACCUCUGGAUCUGAACUGCCUGUUAAUAAAAUGUAAGUGUUGUA